CUUGUUCAUCAUCACCCCAGGCCAGAGUCGCUCAACUGACGCUUUGCGCUCCUCUCUUUAGUUAGGUCUCCGGACAUCGGCUCACCGCAGCCUUCUUUGUCCACCGAGACCUCGUUCACGCUCUUCGCCAGCAGUAGCCCAGCCUGACAUCCGCCACGGCAUCGAACGAGGCACGACCGCUAUCUUCCAUCUUCAGGUCUCACUCUACGGACCGCAAAGCACACUCACAUUCACAAUGUCGGAAAUCGACACCAGAACUGUCCCCUCGAGGGGCAGAAGCUCCGUCCGAGGAGGCAGAGGUGGCACCAGCCGCGGAGGACCUCGCGGCGGCAGGAAAGUCAAUGGAACAUCAACCGAGGCAGCGACACUUGAAGAAUCACUCGAAGAUCAAGGAGAGAUUGGCCAGAUGAAGAAGAAGUAUCAGCCAGAGCUCACUAUGCUCAAAGACAUGUUUCCUGACUGGACCGACACCGACCUUGUGUUCGCCCUCGAAGAGGCCGAUGGCGACGUCGGCGCGACUGUCGACAAGAUCACGCAGGGCGCAGUCUCACAAUUUGCAGAGGUGAAAAAGCCCAAGGAUCGCGCUCGCUCGAAGGUUCCAGCCGAGUCAACAGCUGCAGGUGCUACUGACCGUCCUCAUUUCAGCGCUCGGGGCGCACGUGGCCGAGGCGGCUUUGAGGGCGCUCGCGGUGGUCGUGGCCGCGGUGCAGACCGUGGCAGAGGUGGUUUCCGUGGCAGUCGAGGCGGCCACGCAAGCACGAAUGGCGUGGACAAGGAUGCUAACGGCAGCACCUCUGUACCCACCACCGAAUCGAAUGCAUGGGAUACAACGGCGACGAGCGAAGCCACGGCGGCAUGGGACAAUACUCCCGCAGAGCCUGUCAAAGAAUCCGUCGAUACUGGCGACAAUGUUCUUGGUACGGUCACUGCUGUCGACCCUGCUCCAGCUGCGAGCACUCAGCCUGCAAAGAGCAGUGUGAUAGAGCAGGGCAGUGCGAAGAAGAGUUGGGCUAGCAUGUUCGCGAAGCCAAAGCCUGCGCCAGCACCCGUACCACAGAAGCAGAUACUGACUAGACAGCCACCGCCCGUGGAGCUGGACGCGACCGAGCAAGCGGUUCCAGAGCCGGCCGAAGCUGCAGUAGAACCAGUACAUGAGACUUUUGAACAGCCAGAGCCGCCGGCAGAAGCUGCAGGUCCAUCCGAGCCACAGGCCGUGGAGCCUGCCGCGACUCCAGAGACUGCCACUGCCCCGGAUCCUUUGACGGAAGAGAACGUGGAGCACUUGCCAGACGAGUCUCAUGCGCCUGCGACGCAGACUGUGGCAAGCACUGCCGGCUCCAUGGAUUCGCGAAACCUCACCCCCCUCCAUCCUCCGCAAGCACCAAUCGGCAGACCACCAGUUGGAGGAUAUGCCACCGUUGCCGCUCGUCUUGCGGGCGCUGGUGGUAGGAGCGCAAGCUACCAACGUAGAGUGCAAGAGCAGCAGGAGGCGGUUGUUAUGCCAGGGCACAACGCAGUAGACAGAGCUGCGGUACAGUUUGGCAGCAUGGGAUUGAAUGGAGAAGCUGGUCCAGACGUGGACGAAGAGCGAGAAGAGCCAGAGACUCGCCACGCACCGCAACACUCUCCACCAGCGCAACCACGUACCUCGCUACCACCCGCUGCUCGUGCUGCACAAGAGUCACUACUGCCAGAAGCGCAGCCUCAAGCACCAGCGCAAGCACAGCCUACACCAAAGCAGGCCCCAGGUCUGCCACCCGCGUCCGUACAGAAUCAGCAACAGAUCCAGGAUCCUUCGCUAGGACAACCUCCUUCGCAGGACCAGCAAUACCCACAGUCGUACAACCAGUAUGCCCGAGGCUACGUUCAGCCACAAAGUCUUCCCGGAGGACAACAGGACAAUGUCGCGCAGCAGCAGAAGCCAUACGACCCCUUCAGCCAUCAGGCACAACAAUCUCAGUACGAUCAAUACGGUCACAGCCAACAGCAGCACCAGCCCCAACCCCAGCACCAGUCUGGAUUUGGUGGCUUGUCGUCUGCACCGGGCGACUACUCGUCGUACUAUACCAGCGAUGCGCCACGCAACAACUACCAACAGUACUACGGUGGCUCAUACGGCGCCGGUCAGGAUUCGAGGCAACAAGCUGGACAGUCUCAACCACACGAUCCCACCAUCGGGCAGCAGCGCUCAACCAGUGGAUACGGCGCGAACGAGAACGCGUUUGCAUCUCAUGGUCAUCAGCAGGCACAGUCGCGCUUCGCUGAAGCUCCUGGGUCUGGUCAUAACACUCCAAACCCGGUCGCUGCCAGCCAGCAGCAGCCUUCGCAAACGGCUCAAAGUCAGCACUCGCUCCCACAGCAGCAACAAGGUCAUGGACAGCAACAUUUCCCCAAUGCAGCUGCAGCUGCAGCUGCUGGCUACCCGUAUGGUCAUCCAUACUAUUCCAGCGCAUACCCGACUGCAUAUGCCAAUCAGUUUAAUGGCUACACACAAGCAUAUGGAGCCGGGUCUGGGUAUUCAGCGGGACAAGGCGGCUAUCAAGGCAAGCAGCAGCCGCAGCAGCAGCAAUCGCAGCAGGGAAACAGCUAUGGCGCUCCGCACAGCUAUGGAUCCUCGUAUGACCAACACUCCGCUUCGCCCGCGAACGUGCAUGCAUAUGGUCAGAACCAGCGCAGCGCGAGCGGAAUGGGCGCUUCGCUUGGAGGGCUCGAUGACUAUGGUCGCAGCUCUGCCCAGGCAGGCUCACACCAGCAAAGCAGCGCAUUUGGCAGCGUCCAUGAUCCUUUUGCACGCUCCACUUCCGGAUUUGGUGCUCAGGGCGGGUACGGACAGCAGAGCAUUGGUGGCCAGGAAGAUUCAUUGAAGGCGUAUGACAACGCCAAGAGUGGCCCAUCGCCAGCGCUCGGUCAGCCAGGACGCCCAGGAUCUGCCGCAAAUAGCGCAGCUGGAAACGCUCAAUCUGGCUUGCCUCCGCCACAGCAUGGCCAGCAUUCUGGCUUUGGCGGAGGUUAUCCAGGAUUCCAGGGUCAAGGAAAUCCUUACAACGGCCUUGGAGGUCUUGGAGGUCACCAACAGGCUCAGCAAAGCCAACAAGGUCAGCAGAGCGGCCAGUAUGGGUAUGGUGGUUUCAACCAGACUUAUGGCAGUUAUGGCCAGAGCAGAGGUGGCUGGGCUCAGAAUUACGGAGCGCACUAGGAGAAUCCCAAUGACGCCUCGCGACUAGGUGAAAGUGAGGCAGACGCUGCCGCCACACUGCUUAUGAUCCGCCACAAUACGUCACAGGGGAAAAGAGAUAGGGACGGCAAGAUCCUUUCGUGCUUCAUUAAACAAUAUGACGAAUGGCAGCGUACCUCCUCUGAUGAGCAGCAACAGCAGCAUCCACGGAGGGGGUAGAUUUGUAUGAUAUUACCACUACUACUAUCACCAUUGUCCGAGGCUACUCGACAACUCGACUCUUUUUCACAUUAUGCUUGCGAUGGAAUUCCUCGGCGUACGGGACACGAAAGAUUGGGAGGCAUAUUCUCGGCCAAAAGCUGGAACAGUACGACUUCUGAAAGCAAACCCCUUUGAAUCAGGCGUAUUCCUGGGCUAGGGAAGAGAUAAUCAUGAAAAGGUGUAUGUCUUUAAUGAGGCGGUUCUGCCUCGUAUAUUACAUAGCUGAACAUGAACGGCUAGCGACAAG